AUGGCGCCAGUUGAGAAUCAAGUAGCGGGCGCAGGGGAGCUCUUCGUCAAUGGGCGCAUUUUUCUGCACAACGCCGAAGCCGGCCUUGAGACACAACCCACCUUUGCCGAGAGCAUGUUCGUCGCCAAUGGCAUUAUUGAGAACAUUGGCACAACAGAGGACCUCAAGGCAAGACACACAUCGGGAGAGGUCACUACACAUGACUUGGAAGGCAGGACAGUCCUGCCGGGCUUCAUCGACGGCCACGUGCAUCUUCUGCUCCUCGGCCAGUCGCUGCGCAAAGUGAGCCUCGAGAACUGCACAUCACUGGAAGAAAUCCGCGCCGCCAUCAAGGCGUACGCCGUCGCCAACCCGGACGUCCCCCGCAUCAUGUGCAAGCUGUGGAUGCACUCCAUGACCCCCGACGGCGUCGACAAGACCAUGCUCGACGACAUUGACCCCCGACCAAUCUUCAUCGACACAAAAGACCUCCACUCGACCUGGUGCAACACAGCCGCCAUCAAGGAGCUCGGUAUCGAGAACAUGCCGGACCCGUCAGGAGGCAAGAUCCACCGCGACGCCGAGGGCAAAGCGACGGGUCUCCUCAGCGAGGCCGCUGUGCUCACCAUCGUGUGGCCUCAUCUCGCCCAGGUAGCCCCCAAGAGAGAUCGGAUGGACGCCAUGAAGGGUGCCGUGCAGACUUACAACGCAUCAGGCUACACUGGGCUGAUUGAGAUGGCCAUGGACGAGCCGGCAUGGGACGCAGCGUGCUCGCUCCGCGCCGAAGAACCCAACCUGCCCAUGCGCACCCACGCCUACUGGCUCAUCAAACCAUCCGAAUCCGAAGAGGAGCGCUUCAAGCAGGUCGAUCGGGCCAUCGAACUCCACAACGAGCUGAACAAGGCCACCUCCCCCGACCUGCGCAUCGUAGGCAUCAAAAUCAUCACCGACGGCAUCAUCGACGCCUGCACUGCCCACCUGUCAGAGCCCUAUGCCGAGGUGGGUUCCCCCCCGCCCUUCUGGAGCGCCGAGUGGCUCGGCCCCGUGGUCGCGAGGGCAGACGCCGCCGGAUUGCAAAUCGCCCUGCACGCGAUAGGCGACGCAGCCAUCAAGAACGCACACAUUGAGAUGGCAUCCCCCGAGGACGCAAAGCACCUGGGCGAGCUAGGCCUCACGGCCUCCAUCCAGCCCGUCCACGCCGACCCGGCCAUCCUCCGCGCCUGGCCGCGCCUCAUUGGCGCCCACCGCUGCGAGCGCGCCUUUGCCUACCGCGAGUUCGCAGACCACGGCGCGCUGCUCGCACUCGGCAGCGAUAGCCCCACGGCCCCCUGGGCGCCGCUGCAGAACGCCUACGUCGCGACGACGCGGCGGUCCGCCAGGGAGCCGGGGUACGACGUGGUCGUCAACGAGCACUUCAAGCUGGGUGUGUGCGAGGCCAUCACGGCGGGCGCAUUCGGAACUGCAAAGAGCGUGUUUGCGGAGGAUCGGACGGGUUCUUUGCAGGUUGGCAAGCGCGCGGACUUUGUGGUGGCGGAGAUGGAUUGGACGCCACAGGGCCUGCUCAAGGGUGAGAUCAAGGCCACCUGUAUGUCGGCGCUUGCCGCCCUUGUUCCCAUGGUUCUAGCCUUGCCUCAACAGCAGCCUCCUCCACCAGGCCCACCAGCUGCUUGUGCACCAGUCAACAUCAUCGUCGCCCGUGGCAGUCUCGAGGCGCAGGGUGCCGGUCUGUUGGGCAACAUUGCCAUGAAUGCGUCGAUGCAGAUUCCCGGCUCCGUUAUCACGCCGUUGGUGUACCCGGCACAGCUUGACCCGUAUCCGCCCUCCGUGUCGGCUGGUGUGAUGAACAUGACGACUCUUCUGAACCAGCAAGCGCAGCAGUGCCCGCAGUCGAAGCUUGUCUUGAUGGGAUACUCUCAGGGCGCACAAGUGUCGCUGGAUACCCUCUGCGGUACCACGGAUGGCCCCAACUUCAACACGACUGUUGCUCAGGCACCCAUGGUCGGAAGUAAGAUCGCUGCCGUUGUCUUGUUCGGUGACCCAACCUUCAUCGCCGGCCAGCCCUUCGCCAAGGGAACCUCAAAGAAGAAUGGCAUCUUCCCUCGUAUGGACCUUGGCCCAUGCCAGAGUUUGACGAGCAAGUUCGCAUCAUUCUGUGAUGACACGGAUCUCUUCUGCGCCUCGGGCCAGAACUUGACCGUCCAUCUCGGCUACUUCUCAAAGCAGGACUACGUCGCUCAGGCGUCGUCAUUCAUCGUGCAGCAGACCAAGUAG